AUGUCGCUCGCUCUCAAAUUCACGUCUCUCGCUAUACGUACUCUCUCCAAACCAAUAGCUAACUUCAUCAAGAAACAAGCACGCGAGCAUGAAGGCUUCCGCCGGACCUGCAUCUCUUUUGCCCAGACCCUGCACCGAAUUGACAUGCGAUGGCGGAUCGGUCUGCUACAAGACGCCGCCGCUCUAGAAAGACAGGUCGCGAAAGAGCAGGCUGCAGAGGCUGCGAAGAGGCAUAAACACACCAACGUCCCGACAGUCAAGACGGAGGCACAGAUGAAAGCCGAAGAGGAAGCGGGUACGAAGGCCGCCAAAGAAUCACAGGAGCCUCCCAAACCGCGCGUAAAACCCAAGAUUCGACCGCUCUCCGAAGCCAAAGCGAUUGAAUCGGGCGCCAACUUCAUCUCCGAGGCAUUUCUUUUCAGUGUCGCGGCCAGUCUGAUCCUGCUGGAGUCGUGGCGGUCGGGCAGGAAAGAGACUCAACGGAGAGACGAUGUCGCUGAGAGACUGAACGACCUGGAGGAGUCUGAGAAAGCAGCACGAAAGGCGUUGGUCGAGUUAGAGCGGGAAGUCCUCCGCCUGCGGGCACUGGAGAAGAAUGGGAAGCCAACAGCCACCGUUAGACUCUUGCCGAAGGAAAUCUACGAGGAAGAUAAAGAGGACGAGAAGCCAGCGAAGCCCGCUGGCUACUGGUCACGCCUGACAUCCCUAGUGUCGUUCAGCAAGGAUGACAAGGAGGCAAAGGACGCUCUCGCAGAGAACGAGCCGGGACCUGCAGAAAAGAUCCUCGUGCAGUCUGACAAGGCUCUCGAGGAGAAGCAUAAACAAAAAAAGGCUCUUGAACAGGCGGAAAAGGCGGCUGCUGAACAGAAACCAAAAAAAUGA